GGAGUACACAAACUGCCUCUUUUGCCCAGUCAGGAGUUAAAUCAAGAUGACGAGGGGUGUGAUCGGUAUGUCCGUGGAUGAGAAGUCUGAAGCUCCCAUGUACGUGUAUGAGUCAACGGUGCACUGUACCAACAUCCUGCUGGGUCUGAAUGAGCAGCGGAAGCAGGGCCUGCUCUGUGAUGUGACCAUGCUGGUGGAGGGGAAGGAGUUCCGCGCGCACAGGGCUGUCCUAGCAGCCUGCAGCGAGUACUUCCUACAGGGGUUCGUCACCCAAAGUGACAAUGAACUGGUUCUCAGCAUGCCAGAGGAGGUCAGUGCCCGGGGAUUCGCUCCAUUGUUACAGUUUGCCUAUACAGCUAAGCUGCUGCUCAGCAGAGAAAACAUCCAGGAGGUCAUCCGCUGUGCUGAAUUCCUGCGCAUGCACAACCUGGAGGACUCCUGCUUUCGCUUCCUGGAGGCCCAACUGCGCAGUGAGGAGGACGGCCUGGUCCUCUGUCGCAAGAUGGCAUCUGAGAGCAAUCACUCGGAGGAUGAGAGCAUGCAACCUGAGUUGCUGACGACAACGCCAACUGCAGUGACCCUGUCUGGCUCUCCACGCUCUCGCCGUGAACUCGCCCUGAACUCCUUGCGACGGCCAGACCAUGAGCGGCUGGCAGCGACAGAGGAGUUCGCUGAUGGACGGAUGGACUUCGAACGACAAGGCACCUCAGACCUGCCACGAUGCCCUAAGUACAGGAAGUACCAGUGGGCAUGCAACAAGCACAAUAACGACACCUCCUCACACACCAGUACCUCAGGUUUUCCAAGCACAUUCAAGGAGAUGAACAGGCCAGCUGUGAUGCAAAUCAAGAAGGAGCCACGCAGCGAGGAAGAGUCCAUCUCGCUUUGCCUGUCAGGGGAUGAGCAGGAUGGUGGUGAAAAGGACAGUGUGGCCGAGAUGGAACUGGAUGGUUCCAUUGCAGUGGACCAACCGAAAGGCAGCAGCAAGUCACCCACCUGCCUACGAACUCUCUUUAAGAAGGACCUGCCUAGCGCACCCCAGCAGCUCUUCGCUAACAGACUCGUCAAUGCCCAGGAUAAAGGAACCACUCAGGGAGACCACAAAAAAGACUACAGGCUUUCGCUUGGCAAUGAGCUUGGCAUGCCUGUGGCGUUCCCCAAAGACGCAGAUGGUUUCCCGCCAGGGCUUUCGUUGAAGUCAGCUCCCUGCGAUGGUGUGUGCAAGCAAGAGGUGGAGCCAGACCGCCGCAGUGUCAUCUUCUCCUCAGGGCCCUGUGACCGACUGGGUACACCCACCCACUCCCAUCCCAGUGGGAACUCACUGGAGAAGGAGCUCUCAGAACACAUGCCAAAGGGAUUGUGGGCCGGCGCCAGCCAGUCCCUCCCCAGCUCCCAGACCUACUCCCCCAGCACCACAGCCAGCGACCCACCCCUGCUUUGCCGCCAAAGGCCCAAUACCAGUUGCCCAGUGCCAAUCAAGGUAUGCCCGCGAUCGCCCCCCUCAGAGACCAGAACUCGGACCUCCAGUUCCUGUUCGUCAUAUUCUUAUGCUGAGGACGGGAGCGGCGGGUCCCCCUGCAGCCUGCCGCAGUUCGAGUUUUCGUCCUCGCCUUGCCCCAAUGUGACACGGUGUCUCACGACUGACCCGCAGGAGGCAGGCGGUGGGACGGAUGAGUUAUUUGCACGGGUCCGGCCCAAGAUAAAGUGCGAGCAGUCGUAUGGAACCAAUUCCAGUGAUGAGUCAGGGUCCUUUUCGGAGGGGGACAGUGAAUCAUGUCAUGCUCGAGAGCAAGGCCCUGAGGUCAAGCUUCCAUUCCCAGUCGAUCAAAUCACAAAUCUUCCACGCAACGACUUCCAAAUGAUGGUGAAAAUGCACAAGCUGACCUCAGAGCAGCUGGAAUUUAUCCACGACGUGCGCAGACGCAGUAAGAACCGCAUCGCGGCCCAGCGCUGCCGCAAGAGGAAACUUGACUGCAUCCUGAACCUUGAGUGUGAAAUACAUAAACUGGUGUGUGAGAAGGAGAAGCUCUUAACAGAGCGCAACCAGUUGAAGGCGUGCAUGGGAGAGUUAUGGGAGAAUUUCUCCUGUCUAUCUGAGGAGGUGUGUCGAGACGUGCAGCUGAGCCCAGAACAGGUCCAUCACUACUGCCCCAUUCUGCGCCCCGGCAACCAGGCCCUGCCCACCGGCAGCAUCGACCUCACCACUUGCUCCACCCCCGAACAGAGCUUCCACAAAUCAGCCACCGCAAAAGACGGUCAACCGCGACCGGCCCAGUGGAAGACCGGAAACGGGUCCGAAGACGCAAGCAACGACAGGGAGGAGCAAGAACCUGGCUCCGCCUACCUGGAGGCGGGGCUGUCCCUGGAACAGUCCAAUCAGACGGUGACCGUAGACUUCUGUCAGGAGAUGACAGAUAAAUGUACAACCGACGAACAGCCCAACAGCAAGGACUGUACCUAAUGACGGUGGUUUCUCUGUGUUGAUUUGUUUGUUGAUGUUUUUUUUAUUAUUUAAUUUAGUUAUGUCUUCUGACAAGCCCUCAAAAAUCGAGGGCUGUUGAGAUGGCCAGCCUCUGCCAGUGUUUUUGAUUUUUUUUAUAUAUAUAUAUUUAUGUCUUUUUUUAAACAAAGGUUGACACUACAGUUGUCUUAACAGCAGCAAUACUGUUCUCCAGGUUCUCUCUCAUUCAGCCAUGGCAGAGUGGCUGAGACCUUCUCACAGAACUUCACAAUGGUGCUACACCUUUCCAUGACAGUGGCAACACUGUCUGUUUCCAAUUACAGUCCAUUCAGAUGGGAUGGGCUCUGACCACAUCUCAAAUUCAGACCUCUACGGACCUAGCAGCAGCUUUUUGCUCCCUCUCUCUCUCUCUCUCUGUCUUUCUCCCCACCCCACCCCACCCCACCCACGUUCACUAUUCCUGCCCUCUACCUCUAAAUCUCUACCACUCCUUCUCUCUUCUCUUUCUCUUUGUGGCCCUUGUCACAGUAAAUUCAAACUCAGGAAAUAUUCUGAAUGUUCAGUAAAACUCAUGAAAAAAAAAAUAAUACAGAUUUUUUUUUUUCUACAGCAGCUAGACUGUAAAUGUCCAUAUGCAAAAAUGUCUUCUGCAUCAUACGUUUGUAGUGUCUGUGUACCGCAACACUUAAUGUGUACAGAUGGUGGUAUCUAAAACAUUCCUCCUUUGCCUUCCACAGCACUGAUAUGAAAGAAAGUACGACAGAAAGACGAAUGAUUCGCAUCGUAGUUUCGCCCACCUUUUGCGUCAGCAAUACUGUACCAUUGGAUGUUUUCGAGAAGUGCUUGCUCAGCAGAAAGCUUAUUGUAAAUAGUGCGGCGCAUGUAGACGGUUUCGGUAAUAUUGUACAGGUAGAACUUUAGAUGGCUUUUUCGUUUUUCUUUGCUUUCUUUUCUCUGGGGUUUUAUCAAGCAACUUUUUGUCACAAAGGGAAAAUUGUUGCUGUUUCCUGUCUCAAAUGAAUUCCCCAUGACGAUGGGUGUGCUUAAACUCAGGAAACUAGCAUUCUUACACUCACGCAUGCACACACACGCUCGCAUACGAACCCCCCCAGUGCAGCGCAUAGAGCCCCUUGCAUGUAAUUUGGCUGUAAAUGGUGUGCAUAAUGGUGAGCUGUUCUCCUUUAAAUGUGAAAAAGUGCUCUCUGAGGAAACCUUAUUUCUUAUCAGUAUUUACAGUGUGUUCACGGACACCUCCGAACAGUGUUAUCUAAAACAAACGUCGUCACGAUCCCACACCCUUUCAGUUCUGGCCCAUUUUACCGCUCUGACAGGAACAGGAAAUGAUGUUGAAUCAAUUAAAGGGCCUUGCCCUUGACUUUUUUCCUUCCCUCAGCACUCUUUGACCGUUUAGCACUUCAGAAAGGGUAGAUUUCUUUUUCAGGACCCUAAAAAGUCUGAAAUUGAAGCACUUAACGUGGACACUUAAAAGUGUCUUUUCAGGCAGAUGAUCUUUAAUGACUUGGUAUCUUAUAAAGAACGUUUUCAGGUUCAUUUAAAUGAAAAAAAAAUAAGGGAGUGUUCAAACUGCAUAUUUAUGGAAGACACUAAAAUCUUAAAAAGCAUCGAAAAUCUGAUCUGAGAUGGGUGGAAUAAGCCCAUUCUUUAAAGUCAUCCUAUAUGUCCCUUUAUUGUACAUUUGUUAGACACAUAUAUCCAUACUAAUGGGAUUGCAUGCUGCCAGUUUGUUUUAUAUAGUUGGUUUAGAGUUUCUUUGCCUCAAAAUGUAGGCCUCAGAAAAACAGUUCAAUGGUUGUUUGCUCUGGUUUAGUUGAGAGUAAACUGAGAGUGUUUUUCUUUACAAAUGGGAUCUCCCAUAUCCAAUAUUGGAUUUGACAUAGUUCUAUAUUAUUUGAAUGACCGUUGACCCCUAGAGCUCUAUGUAUGCGUGCUUGUGUAUUUGCCAGUCUGAUUGAUAAAUAUUCAGAUGCGUUUCAAGUUGUAAUACAUCCCCUCUCCCUCUGGUGUGCAAGCACACACACAAACACACACACACACACAAACAAGUCAAAUUGGGUGGAGUGUCUCUCCUGGGAUGUAGAAUCUAGAGGUGUUGUGAUGAAUAGUUGUGCUGUUGUUUU